CUGGCUCACUGUACAAUGAGCAAAGCCUCGGCGAAUGGGUCACAAAUUCUGCUCUUUCUGGAAUCAGACAAAAUCAUCCCCCUUCUACAAUGUCUCAACAGGCACUCAUUUAUCUCUUGUUUCUCAAACUCUCCACAGAUGAAGAGAAGGAGCCGGAAAAGCGUCAGAAAAGAUCAAUGCCACUCAUUUUUGGAUAUCCCAUCAGCAUAGGCUUCAUUAUUGUCAAUGAAUUCUGUGAAAGAUUCUCCUACUAUGGAAUGCGAGCGGUCCUCGUCAUAUAUUUCCGCUACUUUCUUCUCUGGGAUGAGGAUCUCUCUACUGCAAUAUACCACGGCUUUGUUGCGUUGUGCUACCUAGCACCUCUCCUUGGAGCCAUCAUUGCUGACUCCUGGCUGGGAAAAUUCAAGACUAUCUUCUACGUAUCUAUUCUGUACACCAUUGGACAAGUGGUUAUAUCGAUCAGUAGUAUUGCAGCCUUAUCCGACACUAAUGGAGAUGGUCACCCAGACAACCUGAGUAUGCAUAUAGGGUUGUCGAUGCUUGGAUUGCUGCUCAUUGCUUUGGGAACUGGUGGCAUCAAACCAUGCGUGUCUGCUUUUGGAGGAGACCAGUUUGAGGACCAUCAGGAAGAGAAAAGGAGGAAGUUCUUCUCAAUCUUCUAUUUAGCAGUCAAUGCAGGAAGUCUUAUUUCCACAAUUGUUACUCCCAUCCUGAGAGAACACAAUUGUGGCAAGGUCCCCCAGCCAUGUUAUCCUCUGGCUUUCGGGAUCCCAGGAGCACUGAUGGCAGUAGCUUUAGUUGUCUUUAUUGGAGGAAGUUCCUUGUACAAGAAGUCUUCUCCACAGGGGAAUGUCAUGCUUAAAGUUAGCAAGUGCAUUGCAUAUGCAAUCAGUAACAGAUUCAGGCAUCGCAGUGAGGAGUUCCCCAAACGAGAACAUUUUAUGGACUGGGCUUCAGACCGAUAUGAUGAACAUUUGAUUGCUCAAAUCAAGAUGGUGCUGAAAGUUUUAUUCAUGUAUAUCCCUCUUCCCAUGUUCUGGGCUUUGUUUGACCAGCAGGGUUCAAGAUGGACUUUGCAAGCUAUUGCAAUGAAUGGAAAUUUUGGAGGCCUUGACGUCCAGCCUGACCAGAUGCAGACGGUGAACCCAAUCCUGGUUCUGUUUUUGGUUCCAUUUGUUGACGCAAUUGUCUACCCCCUGAUUGCUAAGGGCAAGUUAAACUUUACACCGCUGAGAAAGAUGACGGUCGGGAUGGUCCUUGCAGCUCUGGCCUUCAUUGCUGCUGCUUUGGUGCAAGUUCAAAUCGAUAAAACUCUUCCUCAUUUUCCUGUUGGUGACCAAAGCCAAAUUAAGAUUAUAAAUGUUGGUAAAACAGGAAUCAAUGUAACCCUGAAUGGAUUAUCCCAGUCUUACAGUGUGCAGCCAUCACAGGCAACUGACUAUAUCACUGUCCCAACAAUGGCUCUGAAAAAUAUUGCUGUUCACGAUGGCAAACAGAACAAAGUCAUUCAAACUCAUCUCUCCGAUAAAACUCGCAACACACUGUUGGUAACAGACUUGCCCAAUCCAGAUGACGUAUUGUUGAAGGAUAUUAACAACAAACCAGAGGAAGGAAAAAAUGCCAUCAGAUUUAUUACCACGUUGACCGGCAUUGACAACCUCAAGAUGGGCACUGUUGAUAUUGGAAAUUUGAUCAGAUUAUCUGUCUCUAACUACAUGCUUUUCAACAAAGGAACGAAAAAAAUCACAUUUAUCAGUAAUGGAAAUAAAUGCUCACAAGAUUCAAUAAAUUUUGGUUAUGGGAGCUCGUACACGAUCAUCAUCAGUGAAACGUGUAUCUCUCAGGAUUUCAAAUUAAAUUACAUCGAAGACAUUCAAGCAAACAGUGUUCAUAUGGCAUUGCAAAUCCCUCAAUACAUUUUAAUUACAACUGCGGAGGUGGUCUUCUCUAUUACUGGUCUGGAAUUCGCAUAUUCCCAGGCACCUACCAACAUGAAGUCAGUGCUCCAGGCCGGUUGGCUCCUGACCAACUCUUUCGGAAACAUAAUUGUGCUGAUAGUAGCGGAAGCUUCGACCAUUCAGCAACAGUGGGCUGAGUAUAUUUUGUUUGCUGCUCUCUUGAUAGCCGUUUCCAUAAUAUUCGGCAUCAUGGCCAGAUACUACACUUAUGUGGAUCCCAAGUUAGUGGAAGCUGAGUAUGAGGAAAAGGAACUUGCCAGAAAGGAAGAAGAAGAAUCAAAUGCAAAUGAAUCAACAGCUCAGUCAGAAGUCUAAAUGCGGCAAACAGAAACAUUUCUGUUCAGUUUAACCAGACAUAUCCUCACAGAAGGGACCCAUGGGCUUAGACUUGCAGUCUACUCAAUAAGAGACCCCAGUGUGACAUCGGUUCCUCAUUUAGAAGUCCCUCAAUGAACACUUUCUUCAUGAUCUACACCAGCCAACGUUUCAGUGUUAUUCCCAAAAACUUGAAAAAGCUUGAGCAAACACAUUUAAAGCUGAAUAUAUUGAUAAUUUCUUUAUAACACGAUGCACAAUCUGCCACACUGCUGUCAAAUAAUUACCUUUUUGUGUAUGAUAUAAUAAUUCUGAUUAUAUUUUUUUACUGAGAUAUUGCAAUAAUUCAAGGAUAUAUUUCUUCUUGUUAAUUCUGUCUAUUAUUGCUGGUUCAGUCCAAGCAAUAGGAAAUUGAAAGCCCUCAACUUUGCCACCCCCACCCAAAGCUAUUUUAUUACAUUGGACCCUCACUUUCUUUAUACAGAACCUGCCACGGUGUGAAACCAAAGUAACUCAAUUUAUAUGUCAAAUCAGGAGACUUUCCAAACUAGAUCUCCAAGAUCAGGAGACCUUCCAAAAUAGAUAUCUAAGAUCGGGAAACUUUCUCCAAAAUUGUCUGAAUAUUUCGAGAAGGGUUGUAACGGGAAUGUACUUAAAAUGUAAUUUAUGUUGAAGAAGAUAUAAAUACAGAUAUUAAAAGUGAUGUGUAUAUAUAUGCUCAACUUGCUGAAUUUAU